GGUCACUUCACCCACAUCCAGACCGCAGAUACAGAGCAUCGCAGUCUGCUGCAAGUGGUCCAAACCCCUCUCUAUCACUAGACCCACAAGCCCUACAGCUCAGCGUCCUCCGGCCUAGUACAAGGCGGAGUGGGAGCUCAUAAGUGGACGCGGCCGUUGCGCCUUCUUGCCGCCUCCCAUCUUGAAGCCGCUCGGGGCUCGUGAAGCAACAAUGGCCACGCCCGAUGUCCUCGCCUCGUCCUCAGCCAUGACGGCCUCAGGAUCUGCUUCACCGCUGCCGGUUACUUUCGACCUCGGUCUGCUGAGGAGCUAUUUGGAGGCGCUGCUCCCUGUCCUUCUGUCCGCUCAGGCAAGAGCUCUAAGAGAGUCCCUCUUUGCAGGGCCAGAAUGGUACAGUGUCGCAGAGAGCUUCGCCAAUGACUCGAACGUGAUGACCGUCUAUGUGGACAAGGUCAGAAGGGAAGCUGUGCAGAGCGAUGAUGAGGAUGGCCUCUUCGAAUACCGCAUUUCCAAGCAGCCAUCGUAUACUCCACGUCACGUCUCAAGCAUAGCCCUUAUCAAGCGUGUGCCAAGUCUAGACUCUGCACUACCAGUCACCCAGCAGCUACACCUCCUCUCCCUCUUUGGUCCAGCCAGCGCAUCUCAGGGCGCUGUGUCCACAUCAGCCACAGAUGUCACAAAUGGCGAAGCCGCUACUGAGGCUAGUAAGGCGGUUGCAGACCUCGUCACCUCGGUACGGGAAUCACCCUACGAGGCCCUGCACAGCGUGGUUCACAAUGUCAUGGCGCCAUGGUUUGAUGCGUACAUUGCUAGUAAGGAUAAGCAGGUUGUUUCGUCCUCGAAGAACAAGGACAACGAUACCAGGAUGGGUAUACCCAUGGCAAAGCGCAAAUUCGCCGAGCUAGAGCUAAGUCUGCUCCAUCUGCAGCAGAAUGUGGAGAUCCCCGAGAUCCACCUCUCUGUCCACCCUAUCAUACGAGCUACCGUCGAGCGGUGUCAAGCUGCUGGGCGGAAAGUGGUGCCAGAAGAAGUACAGCCACAGACGCUCUUGUCUGACAGCUCCUUUCUUAACAAGUUGCAGAGCGACGUCAAUGCAUGGGUCAAAGAGGUGCAGACGGUGACCAAGCUCGAUCGCGAUGUUGCCUCAGGCACCACUUCGCAAGAGAUCAACUUCUGGCUGUCGAUGGAGCGAGCCCAAGAGUCUAUUGACAUUCAGCUGAGGUCUGACUCCAUCAAUCUCACACUCGGUAUCCUCCGGAAUGCCAAGCGCUUCCACGCCACCGUCUCUUUCCUUGCCGAUACGGGACUCAAAGACUGCACGGAGAAGGUCAAUAACUACAAUUUGCUGAUGAAGGACUUCCCUCUCAAUGACCUUCUCUCGGCAACCGAUCUAAGCAAAGCAAGAGAUGCAGUCCUCUCGAUCUUCUCCCAUCUGAACAAGAAGCUCCGUAUUAGUCCAUAUCCUGUCAAGAGGGCUCUACCUCUCGUCGAGGCUAUCUCUCGAGAUCUCAACGAGACACUGCUGAAGGUCCUCUCUUCGCAACGUCUGAUGUAUCAGGAGUUCCCGACCUUUUGCGACAUCACUGCUUCUGUCAACGAAGUCUUCCUGGCCUGGGACGAUUCUAUGAAGGAGUUUGUCAACAUCGCUCGUGAGGUGACCAGGAAGCGACAGGAGAAGUUCAUUCCUAUCAAGGUCAAUCCUGAACAUGUCAAGCUGAGGGACCGUUUGGCCUAUGUCGGCGCUUUCCGGCAGACACACGAGCAGCUCCGGGCAAUGGUCAGCUCGGGCAAAGGUCUCGGGGUAGACGCCAACACUAGCGGGGACAAGCAAGGCGCGCUGCAGUCGCAAGCCGGCAUAGAGAUGAGUGAAGAGAUUCGGGCCGCAUACGAGUCCGUCAAAGUGAUCGACGUGCUAGACGUUACCCAGGAGGGUACAGAGAUCUGGUCAGCGGCUGAGCAAGCCUACAACGAAAGAGUCUCCCGAGUCGAGAGCACUCUGAUUGCUCGACUGAGAGACUUGCUCGGGCAAGCCAAAUCGGCACGAGAGAUGCUCCGCGUUCUUAGCCAGUUCAACUCGUUGUUCGUCCGACCGAAGGUACGAGGCGCUGUGCAAGAGUACCAGCAGCAGCUUCUGCAGAGUGUGAAGAGCGAUAUUCAAGCUCUUCAUGACAAGUUCAAGUCGCAAUAUCGGCCUUCGCAGGCGAACCACCUGAGUCAGCUGCGCGAUCUACCAGAGAUCGCAGGCGCCAUCGUUUGGGCUCGGCAAAUCGAGCGGCAACUGGACGUCUAUAUGAAGCGUGUGGAAGAUGUGCUGGGGAAAGACUGGGAGCUCUUCGCAGAGGGACAGAGGCUGAGAAGCGAAAGUGACACUUUCAAGCGAAAGCUCGCCACCCGCCCACUCUUUGAUGGUUGGCUACAGGACAUCCAGCGUCGAGAGAUGAGCAUCUCUGGGAGACUGUUCAGCGUCAAUCGCAACCGCGCCACGAACACGUUUGAGCUCGUCGUAAACUUUGACCGACACGUCAUUGCUCUCUUCAAAGAAGUCCGGAACCUCAUCUGGCUCGGUUUCCAGAUCCCUCACGCCAUCAACAAUCUGGCCAAGGAUGCGAAGCGAGUAUAUCCUCAGGCUGUAUCGCUGAUGGAGACUGUGAGAACAUACACCCAGACUUGCAAUCUUGUGGCAGCCAACCCCGGUAUCGCUCCACUCGUAGCUCAGGUCCACAGUGACGUUCAUGGAUUGAUCUCUCAAGGCAUGGCUCUGCGGUGGGAACACUUUGCGAAUACCUAUGAAAGCCAUCGGGCAAUGGCCUAUCUACCUGGCUCUGGCGGUGUGGAUCCUCGAGAGAACAAGCAGGUCGCCUUUGUCAGGCAGUUCGCUAGCUCUGUAAGUCUGUUUCAAGACAAGACCAACGAGCUCAUCGAGAUGCAGGGCCAGACCAACGUGCUUGUCGAGGAGUUGAGGACUUGCGCCUAUUCUUCCACUGCUUUUGGAGAGCGACUGGCCAAAAUACAGGCCACUAUUGAUAAGCUCAAUCUCGAAGGCUACCCGAACCUCGAGCAGUGGACCGCAGAUCUUGACAAACAGAUCGAGGCAGUGCUGUUGGAGCGUCUGCGACUCAUCAGUGCUGCAUGGAGUGCAGAGUUCUCUAAGCAAGAAGGCGGUAGCAAUGGCGUCACUGGCUCCUCUCGCCGUCUCUUCGGGGAUGUGACCAAUCUGCACCAAAAUCAAGCAGAGGGAAGUGAUGCUCGUCGCAAAGACAAGGCGCUCAAAGCCGCUCUGGAGCAAGAUCAUGUAGUGUUGAAGCCGCUCAAGCACGAGAUCAAGCUGCAGAAUCAGUUGAUCUACCUCGACCCUCCUCUCCAGUAUGCUCGAGCUCGUUGGUACCAGCAGCUUCAUAGCGUCCUCGGUGUCAUAUGCGGGCUGCAGCGCAUCUUGAGCGCCCGCUACGAGAUCGGUCUGCAAGUACGCGGAGAUGCUAGCAGCACGGAUCGGACAUAUACGUCUCUGCUUACACAGCUGCAAGACCAAACGCUGGUACGUCCAUUUGGUCUGAUCGAAAGCAAGGUGGCGGAACUCGACGCGUAUCUUGCGAAGUGGCUUCAAUUCCAAAGCCUGUGGGACCUAGACGAGCAGGUAGCCGAGCGCACCCUUGGCGACUCCCUCAGCAAGUGGCAGGACUUGCUUUCUUCGAUUCGGAAAGCGCGCACGGUGUUUGACAAUUCCGAGACUCAUUUGGCAUUCGGCAGUGUCGUGACAGUGGAGUAUGGGCAAGUGGCCACCAAGGUGAACGCGAAGUAUGACUCACUCCAGAGGAUGUUCACCAGCCAAUUUGCCACUCGACUUGGCAACUCGAUGCGAGAGAUCCACUCUUCGAUCUUGAAGACAAGGAACGAUCUCGAGCAGGGCUCAAUCGAGGCUAGCUCGACCGCCUCGACGGUCAACUUUGUCAUGCUCGUUGAGGAUACGAAGCGGAAAGUCAAAGUAUGGGGCUCGCAGGUGGAGGUCUUUGCCAGCGGCGAGAAGAUUCUUCAACGGCAGCGACAUACCUUUCCCACUGAGUGGCUGUGGGUCGACCAGGUAGAAGGCCAGUACAGUGCGCUCAAUGAGAUUCUCGCACGCAAGGAUGCGGGCAUUCAGGAGCAGAGAGCAGGACUAGAGCUCAAGAUUAUGGCAGAGGACAAGAUUCUGUCGGAGCGCCUGGCUGUGGCCCUCGAAGCUUGGGAGGCUGAGAAGCCUAUUCAGGGUCAGUCGACUCCGGAGCGCUCCUUGAGCACCCUAGGCGACUUCGAAGGGCGCUUUAAUAAGCUUGUGGAAGAUCGAACCCUGAUGGUCCGCGCCAAGGAGGCACUGAGCAUUCCCUUCACUGAGACAGCAGACAAUCUCGAGCCUGCCCUGGAGGAGCUACGAGAUCUCAAGGCAGUCUGGACAGCUUUGUCGGGUAUCUGGAAGCAACUUGAAGAGCUGCGUGCUACCAAGUGGGCUAAUGUGCCUGCUGCGCGCAAGCUUCGGCAGCAGAUCGAUGGGCUCUUGGAUCAGACGAAGAGUCUGCCAGCCAGAAUGCGCCAGUAUGCUGCUGCUGAGCACUGUGCGGCCACAUUGCGAGCGUUGCUCAAAACGACAGUCCUGAUCUCCGAGCUUAACGGCGACGCCAUGAGAGACCGCCAUUGGCGCACUCUGUGGAAGAGGUUGGGCAAGGGGCACUACACCUCUUCCCUCACUCUCGGCGCAGUGUGGGACCUCGAUCUGAAGAAGAACGAAACCGUCAUCAAAGAAGUAGUAGCGAUUGCUGCCGGCGAAGCUGCUUGUGAGAGCUUCCUGAGAGAGACUCGGGAAGCAUGGACAUCUUACACGCUUGACCUGGUGAGGAGGGGUGACGCCCAUCUCAUCCGCCACUUUGAUGCUCUAUUUGGCCUCGCCGGCGAUCAUCUCUCUGCCUUGAGACAGAUGACCAUGUCACCGCACUACAAGACAUUUGAGGAAGAAGCUCGAGGUCUGACCGAGCGUCUGGAGCGGGUGUUGGAACUUUUCGAAGUCUACGCAGACGCCCAAACUCGGUACGUCUAUCUUGCGGGUAUCUUCCACGGCAGCAAUGAGAUCCGAGCCAUCCUGCCAGCUGAGAGCUCUCGCUUCCAGAGCGUCGAGGCCGAGUUCAUCAGCGUCAUGCGAAAGGUCUCCAAGUCUCCCUUUGUCUUCGAUGUCAUUGUCAUUCCGGGCAUCUUGCGAACACUCGAGCGGCAAGCUGACUUGCUCACCAAGAUACAGAAAGCUCUGGGAGAGUUCCUCGAAAGGCAGAGAGCAAUGACUCCUCGUCUGUAUUUCCUUGGUGAUGGUGACCUCUUGCAGCUCAUCGGCAACAAGGACUUGGCAAACAUUUCUAGCUCGCUCAGCAAGAUGUUCGGCGGCAUUGCCACAAUCGAGACUGAUGCGAGCGGCUCAGAGAUGACCGCCAUGGUGUCGCGCGAAGGGGAGAAGGUGGAGCUCAACAAGUCGAUCAACCUGAGCAAUGCAAAGGUCAACGAUUGGCUAGCCCAGCUAGAGACCCAGAUGAAGUCGACGUUGGCCUCGAGACUGAACGAGGCUUUACUGGAACUGCGACCUCUCUACACCCAGGCUGACGUCUUGCCCGUGGAUGACUUCAUGGCAUGGAUGGACAAGGUACCGGCACAACUCACGAUCUUGGCAGCUCAAGUGCUCUGGACGGAGCUCGUUGAGGCUGACCUCAAGAUCGGGCAAACUUCUCAGCAGCCACUGGCCAUCGUUCUGAAAGGUCUCGAUCUUCUCGCUGAUACUGUGCUGAGAGCGGACAUUCAGCCUCUCCUGCGACGAAAGUGUGAAGGUCUGGUAACCGAGCUCGUCUUACAGAGAGACUUGUCGCGUCAGCUGAUCGCACAGAACGUCACCUCGCCCCAGUCGUGGGAAUGGCAGAGGCAAAUGCGCUUCUAUUGGCUCGGUAGCGAGGUCAACAAGGUCGAGGUGUACAUGGCUGAUGCCAAGAUGGACUACGCUUGGGAGUACCUAGGAGCGGCGGACCGCCUCGUCACAACGCCUCUUACGCUUCGAGCAUUCAGCGUUCUCACACAGGCCAGGAAUGCCAAGAUGGGGUCAAGCUUGUUUGGACCGGCAGGAACCGGUAAGACGGAAAGCGCAAAGGCGCUCUCUGCUCGAUUGGGUCAAAUGUCCAUCGUAGUGAACUGCGAUGAAGGUUUCGAUCUGCCUGCGAUGGGCCGCAUCUUCAUCGGUCUUUGUAGAGUGGGGGCAAGUGCUUGCUUUGAUGAGUUCAACAGACUUUCAGAGGCUGUCCUGUCCGCCGUCUCGCAACAGAUUCAGACUAUUCAAGGUGGUCUGGCUGCUUUCGCCACGAGCGAGAAUGUCGAGAUUGAGCUGGGCGGCAAGACUUUCCCCAUGAACUCGGAGGUGGCCAUCAACAUCACCACCAACCCGACGUACGCGGGACGUAGCGCUCUGCCAAUCAACUUGAAGAAGUUGUUCCGCAGUGUGGCUAUGACCCAUCCGGACCGGGAGCUCAUUGCUCAAGUCAUGCUCUUCUCCCAAGGUUUCCGAACAUCCGAGGCACUAGCUUCGAAAGUCGUCCCCUUCUUCGGGCUUUGUGCCGAGCAGCUGUCGCCUCAGUCUCACUAUGACUUCGGUCUUCGAGCCCUGAAGAGUGUGCUGGUCAGUGCCGGACAACUGAAGAGAGACCGACUGGAGGCGGAGAGGAGCACGCACGGCAGUGUCGCCGGUGCAGCGGCCGCCUCCUCGGAAAUUGCCGAGCAGGAGAUUCUCAUCCAGAGUAUCACCGAGACCAUCGUGCCAAAGCUUGUGGGAGAUGACGUCCCUCUUCUGAGCAGCUUGCUCUCGGACGUGUUCCCUGGUGUGCAGUACAAGCCUGCUAAUCUUGAGGGGCUUCUCGAGCAUGUCCGAAAUGUUUGCCGAGAAAAGCACCUCGUCUGCGACGGUGUGUGGCAAGCCAAGAUCAUCCAAUUAUACCAGAUUCACAAGAUCUCGCACGGUCUCAUGCUGGUUGGCCCUUCGGGUACAGGAAAGACGGAAGCCUGGCAGGUGCUUCUUUCCGCUAUGCAGCGCUUCGACGGCAUCGAAGGUGUCAGCUAUGUCAUCGAUCCCAAGGCAAUCUCAAAGGACAGUCUGUACGGCAAGCUUGAUCCAACUACGCGAGAGUGGAUCGACGGCCUCUUCACCUCCAUCUUGCGCAAGAUCGUCGACAAUGCUCGAGGAGAGGCUAGCAAGAGGCACUGGAUCGUCUUCGAUGGCGAUGUGGAUCCAGAGUGGGUCGAAAACCUCAACAGUGUCCUCGAUGACAAUAAGCUGCUGACGCUGCCGAAUGGAGAGCGACUGAGUCUCCCACCAAAUGUGCGGAUCGUCUUUGAGGUCGAAAAUCUGCGAUAUGCUACUCUCGCAACAGUGUCGCGAUGUGGUAUGAUCUGGUUCAGCAAUGACAGUGUCACUCCAGCCAUGACAUACAGUAACUACCUUGGCUCUCUACGCUCCGUGCCUCUAGGCAGCGGAGAUGAAGACAUCCCAGGCAUCGCCAACGCUCGCCUGCAGGCUGCUAUGGGAACUGCAGAGAACGAAGUCUCGCCCGAGCUACGGACGCAACAGCUCAUUGCUGAUACCAUUGCACCCUUCUUCAACGACGACGGGCUUGUUGGGUUGGCUUUGCAGCACGCCAGCGAGCAGUUCCAUAUUAUGGACUUCACUUUUGCUCGCGCCGUGGGUACUCUCUUCUCCCUCAUCAACAAGACUGUUCGCAACGUCCUCGACUACAAUGGUCAGCAUUCGGACUUCCCUCUCAGUCCUGAGAUCGUGGAGCAGUAUGCACAGAAGAGGCUCUUGAUCAGCAUCCUCUGGGCAUUUACGGGUGACUCGAAGCUGGAUGUCAGAGCCGAAAUGGGCGAAUUCCUCACACGGCAAACGAGCAUCGAGAUGCCAUCUCUAGGGCCCGGAAGCUCCUUGAUCGACUUCGACGUCCUCGUCAACAACGCAGAGUGGUUCUCUUGGGUCAGCAAAGUGCCCAGCAUCGAGAUCGAGACGGCCAAGGUCUCUUCUGCCGAUGUCGUCAUUCCCACGGUGGACACUGUCCGUCAUGAGGAGGUCCUCUAUUCGUGGCUAUCUGAGCACAAGCCGCUGAUGCUCUGUGGUCCUCCUGGAUCAGGAAAGACGAUGACGCUGUUCAGUGCCCUACGGAAGUUGCCGGACCAGGAAGUGGUUGGCUUGAAUUUCUCAAGUGCCACCACUCCAGAGCUGAUUCUCAAGACCUUUGACCAGUACUGCGAGUAUCGCAAGACACCCAGUGGUGUCGUACUGGCACCUGUGCAGCUUGGCAAAUGGAUCGUGCUCUUCUGCGAUGAGAUCAAUCUGCCCUCCCUUGACAAGUACGGCACACAGAGGGUCAUCUCCUUCCUCCGUCAGCUCGUUGAGCGCGGCGGUUUCUGGCGACCAUCGGAUCGCGUCUGGGUGCGCUUGGAGAGGAUCCAAUUCGUGGGAGCCUGCAAUCCUCCAACCGAUCCGGGUCGUGUGCCCCUCACGCAUCGCUUCCUGCGACAUGCGCCUCUCGUCAUGGUUGACUACCCUGGUGAGAUCUCGCUCAAUCAGAUCUACGGGACCUUCAACCGAGCUCUUCUCAAAGUCACACCGAACUUGCGAGGCUAUGCCGAACCUCUCACGUCGGCCAUGGUCGACUUCUACCUCGCCUCGCAGAAGCGAUUCACUGCUGAUCAGCAGGCGCACUACGUGUACUCGCCGCGUGAGCUGACGCGAUGGAUGCGAGGAGUGUACGAGGCAAUCAAGCCCCUCGACGACCUUACCCUGGAUGGACUUGUCCGUAUUUGGGCAUACGAAGGUCUUCGACUCUUCCAAGAUCGUCUGGUCUUCGAAUCGGAGAAGCAGUGGACCGAUGCGGAGAUUGACGCGACAGCCAGGCAACACUUCCCAGUGGUGGGCGAUGCCGCUCUUGCUCGACCGAUCCUCUUCUCCAAUUGGCUCACCAGAACGACGCAGAGUGUGGACCAAGAGGCCUUGCGUCGACACACGAGCGCCAGGUUGGCUCAAUACUCAGAGGAAGAGCUCGACAUCCAGAAGCUCGUUCUACACGACUCUGUCCUCGACGUAGCCACUUGCAUCGACCGAGUCCUGCGCCAGCGCCAAGGUCACGUCCUCCUCAUUGGUGUCAGCGGCAGUGGUCGUGCUACCCUCACCCGCUUCGUUUCCUGGAUGAACGGAUUGGGCGUCUUUACGAUUGCUAGCAGCAACAAGUACUCGAUGGCCGACUUUAACGAGGACCUCAAGGGUGUGCUUAGACGAGCGGGCACGCAGGGAGAAAAGCUCUGCUUUAUGAUUGAUGAGAGUCAGAUCAAGGAUCCUGCCUUCCUGGAGGCCAUGAACACUCUCCUGGCAAAUUCCGAGGUCCCUGGUCUUUUCGAAGGCGAUGAGUACUCGGCCUUGAUGACGGCGUGCAAGGAAGGUUCUCAACGCGACGGUCUCUUGCUAGACUCGCCCGAGGAGCUCUAUGGCUGGUUCCAGGCAGAGAUUAGUCGCAAUCUGCACGUAGUCUUUACUAUGAACCCGCCCGAGCAAGGAGGAAUGGGUAAUAGGGCUGCUGCUUCGCCCGCCUUGUUCAACCGGACCACGAUCAUCUUCACAUAGUCCUUUAGGACGCUUUCCCCCUGUCACCGAACGUUUUACCUAUUGAAUGAACAUGACACACUUCGUCUUCUUUCGCCCGAG